AUGGCCCAGCUGCUUGUACCGCCAGGACCAGACAGCUUCCGCCCGUUUUGUCGUGAGUCCCUCGAUGCCAUCGAGAGACGGAUCGCUGACGAGAACGCCAAGAAGCCCAAGGCAAAGCGCAACGACGAUGACGACGACGGGCCCAAGCCCAGCAGUGACCUGGAGGCGGGCAAAUCAUUGCCACUCAUAUACGGGGACAUUCCCAAAGGAUUGGUGUCCACACCACUGGAAGACCUGGACACCUUCUACAGCAAACCAGAAAGUGAGUUGGAUUGGUCAUCCCAAAGAGCUGGGCUUUGAAACCAAGCAGAGAUGUUUGGAUGAGUUGUGAAAGGUUAAGGCAGUCUUGUAAAGCAAAGGCUUGCAUUAAUGUAUAACACAUAGUUGUCUGUUGCGUUGCAUAAUAGAUACAGUAUUGUGUUUGGAUACAGUAGCCCUCAAUUCUGGAUCCAUGUCCUAUUUUGAGCAGAGAGUUUAUGUUUAUGCAUACUAGUAGUGUCUAUCCAGUCAUGUGUAUGCUGUGCAGUGAGAGAUCUCUAUGUGUCAGGCACUGUGAUUACCCAGAGUUUGCAGUAGCACCGGCUUUCUCUGUUGUCAGAUCCAAGUUCAGUUGUUAUUGUGUAGGACAAGUGAUGAAGCACGCUGUCAUCCAUCCAGAGCCUUUGUAUCCAAGGUGACAGAAAAGCUAUGAUUGAUAGGGCUCCCCGUCUGACCAUUUUAGGGGAGACAUAUCACGACACCACAGAGUAUCACUGAGCUCUACAAUGUGUGCUAUAGCAACAACAGAAGUUGGUGUUGUGUUGUUGUCCUUUGUUUAAUGAAUCAUUUCCAUCACUCCUAAGUGACCAGGAAUAUGUGUUGACAGUCUUCUCCUCUCUCUCUCUCUCUCUCUCUCUCUCUCUCUCACAGACCUUUAUAGUAUUGAACCGAGGGAAGGCCAUCUUCCGCUUCAAUGCCACUCCUGCCUUGUAUGUCUUAAGCCCCUUCAACCCUCUUAGAAGAAUAUCAAUUAAGGUUUUG